AUCCUCUCCCUCAACCUCAACCUCCAUAUCGUGUCAUCUCGACCCUCUCUCUACCUCCACCUCCACCCCAUUGUGUCCCUCCGCACACAAUCCUCCGCCCAUCAUGCUCUCCAGCCGUUUAAUAUCCAGAGCCGCUCGCCCGGCCUUCCAAAAAUCCACCCUUCCCGUCGUCGUCUCUGCCCCGACCCUAUCGCGAUGGAGCCGUGGAUACUCCUCCGCCUCUGAGGAGAAGGACCUCGUCAUCAUCGGUGGCGGCGUGGCUGGCUACGUCGCUGCUAUCAAGGCCGGUCAGGAGGGCAUGAAGGUUACUUGCAUCGAGAAGCGUGGCACCCUCGGCGGUACUUGCCUCAACGUUGGCUGUAUUCCCUCAAAAUCGCUCCUCAACAACUCUCAUCUCUACCACCAGAUUCUCCACGACACCAAGAAGCGCGGUAUCGAGGUCCGCGAUGUGAAACUCAACUUGCCCAACUUGAUGAAGGCCAAGGACGACGCCGUUACCGGCUUGACCAAGGGUGUUGAGUUCCUCCUCAAGAAGAACGGCGUCGAGUACAUCAAGGGCACCGGAACCUUCGUUGACGAGCACGAGAUCAAGAUCGCCCUCAACGACGGCGGCGAGACCAGCGUCCGUGGCAAGAACAUCCUCAUCGCCACCGGUUCUGAGGCCACCCCCUUCCCCGGUCUGGAGAUUGACGAGAAGCGUGUCAUCACCAGCACUGGUGCUAUUGCCCUCGAGGAGGUCCCCAAGACCAUGACCGUUAUUGGUGGUGGUAUUAUUGGUCUCGAGAUGGCCUCUGUCUGGUCCCGCCUCGGCACGAAGGUUACCGUCGUUGAGUUCCUCGGCCAGAUUGGUGGCCCCGGCAUGGACACUGAGAUCGCUAAGGCUACUCAGAGACUCCUCAAGAAGCAGGGAAUGGAAUUCAAGCUCAACACCAAGGUCGUCAGCGGUGACAAGUCUGGCGAUCUCGUGAAGCUCGAGGUUGAUGCUGCUAAGGGCGGCAAGCCCGAGACCAUUGAAUCUGAUGUUGUGCUCGUCGCCAUCGGCCGACGACCUUACACCGGUGGCCUGGGUAUCGAGAACCGAACCAAGAUCCCCCACAUCCGAUGUGUGGGUGAUGUUACCUUCGGUCCCAUGCUUGCCCACAAGGCCGAGGAGGAGGCUGUCGCCGUUGUCGAGUACAUCAAGAAGGGUUACGGCCAUGUCAACUACGGUGUCAUCCCCUCCGUCAUGUACACCUUCCCCGAGGUCGCUUGGGUCGGCCAGACCGAGCAGGACCUCAAGAACGAGAAGAUCCCCUACCGAAUCGGCACCUUCCCCUUCAGCGCCAACUCGCGAGCCAAGACCAACCUCGAUACUGACGGCAUGGUCAAGAUGAUUGCCGACCCCGAGACCGAUCGUCUCCUGGGUGUCCACAUCAUCGGCCCCAACGCCGGUGAGAUGAUUGCCGAGGGUGCCCUGGCUCUGGAGUACGGCGCUUCCACCGAGGAUAUUGCCCGAACGUGCCACGCUCACCCUACCCUGGCUGAGGCUUUCAAGGAGGCUGCCAUGGCUACCCACUCCCAGGCCAUCCACAUGUAAGCAUCUUGAGAACGCUAAGUUACUUGUAUGGCUGGAUGCCAGUGCGUUGAGAUGACGCGGUGCGAACCCCGUUUUCUUGUGUACCUCUGGUGGCGGAGAAUAAAGACUCUGGGACUUGGGUAGAGCGAAAUGGCGUCUGCAGUUGUCGCUAG